AAGGUUAGUUAUGGGUUAGAAUGGAUCGUGCGAGAGUAGUGGAGGAGAGGGAGAGAGACGGAGGAGCGAGUCCGGUGGCCAUAUUUUCGGUGGGUUGAACGACCGAUUCCGGCGUGGUCGGAGCUCCCUCUCUCUCUCUCUCUACUGCAUAUAAUUUGAGCCUUCCCCUCCGUUCUUUCUCCCCUCUAUUUCCCUUGUACCUCUUCAAUUAUUAAUCGCUGAUCUUCUUCUUUGCCGCCAGCCCACGAUUCAGAGUCAACCGGCGAUGGAAACUUUCCUAUUCACCUCGGAAUCCGUCAAUGAGGGUCACCCGGACAAAAUCUGUGACCAGGUGUCUGAUGCAAUCCUCGAUGCCUGCCUCGAGCAGGACCCCGAGAGCAAGGUCGCGUGUGAGACCUGCACCAAGACCAACAUGGUCAUGGUCUUCGGGGAGAUCACCACCAAGGCCAAGGUGGACUACGAAAAGAUUGUCCGAGACACUUGCAGAGGGAUCGGGUUUGUGUCGGCUGAUGUAGGGCUCGAUGCUGACAAGUGCAAGGUGCUUGUCAAUAUCGAACAGCAGAGUCCAGAUAUUGCCCAGGGGGUCCAUGGCCACCUCACCAAGAAACCCGAGGAGAUAGGGGCCGGAGAUCAGGGCCACAUGUUUGGGUACGCUACCGAUGAGACCCCUGAGCUCAUGCCCCUGACACAUGUCCUGGCAACGAAGCUGGGGGCGAGACUGACAGAAGUAAGGAAGAACAAGACUUGUCCAUGGCUCCGGCCCGAUGGUAAGACUCAGGUGACGGUAGAGUACCGGAAUGAUGGUGGAGCCAUGGUCCCCCUGCGGGUCCACACUGUUUUGAUCUCAACCCAGCAUGAUGAGGGUGUUACGAACGACAAGAUUGCAGAGGACCUUAAGGAGCAUGUGAUUAAGCCGGUCAUCCCGGAACAAUACCUGGACCCAAACACAAUAUUCCACCUGAACCCAUCGGGGCGGUUUGUGAUCGGUGGGCCCCAUGGGGAUGCAGGCCUUACGGGGAGGAAGAUCAUCAUAGACACCUAUGGUGGAUGGGGAGCCCAUGGUGGUGGGGCCUUCUCGGGAAAGGACCCCACUAAGGUGGACAGGAGCGGGGCCUAUAUCGCGAGGCAGGCUGCUAAGAGUGUUGUGGCCUCUGGCCUUGCACGAAGGUGCAUUGUUCAGGUCUCCUACGCAAUCGGAGUUCCAGAGCCGCUGUCUGUGUUUGUGGACACUUACAAGACCGGGAAGAUUCCUGACAAAGACAUCCUUGCAUUGAUCAAGGAGAACUUUGACUUCAGGCCGGGGAUGAUCUCGAUCAACCUCGACUUGAUGAGGGGUGGCAACUUCAGGUACCAGAAGACUGCCGCUUAUGGGCACUUUGGUCGGGAUGACCCCGACUUCACCUGGGAGACUGUGAAGCUCCUCAAGCCCAAGGCAUAGGGCCCGCCCUGCCUGCCUGCUUACUGCUGCUCCAUGAUGAUUUGAAAUGCAUUGUUGCUGUGUUUUGUUCGAUCAACUUUGAUUUUCCUCGUGAUUUCAUUCUGCUUUGAGGGGGAGUUGACACCUUUAAUAUGAAUGUUCUGUCCGACGAUUGAGACUGUGUUGUAUAGAGGGGUCAUAUGAGAUGAUAGAAAGUACCAGAGGAUGUGAUCGAUAUUCUUUGAAUUUGUUCUAUUCUUUUCGUUAUAUAUUUCGUGGGACUUUCAGUUUUCAU